CAUUAGCUUAAAUCUAGACAAAUAAAAGAGCAAAUAUUUGAAACAUCAUUUUAUGGUUGGUUGAACGAGCGUCUUUUGUUCGAUGGUUUAUAAUUACUAACUACGACAUGAUGACAUACAACGCACCAUAUAGAGAUGAAGCUGACUUAGAGCCGUCACCAUUUACAUUUCAAGAUGCAAGGAGUGAACAACAGAGGAUAAUAGACCGACAGGACGAAGGUCUGGAACAGAUCUAUGAGGCUCUCAGGAGGACCAAAAAGGUGGGGGCUGCGAUCGGAACUGAGAUCGACCAGCAGGACGAACUGAUAGACGACAUCCGAGUGAAGACAGACCACGUGAACGACAAACUGAUCACGGAGACCCGACAUACUGAAAGUCUCACGCAGAAAUCAUCCACAUGUUUGAUGUGGACUAUCAUCGUGUGUCUCGCAAUUGCAAUAGUUUUGAUUGGCAUUCUUGGAUAAUAUUAUUACUUUUGGAUAAGUGCAUAAUUGAAGCCACGAGUAUCAUGAAGCUAGCCCG